AUGGAUAAUGUCAAUGCCAAUGUUGUACAAAAUGGUGUCGGUGCACCAUGGUUCCAUCGCACCGACAUCGAUGUUUUGAAGAGUUGUUUCAUAGUGGUUUGUUUCUUUUUAAUCAUUUGGGGUCCAGUGGGGUUAGGCGGUUUUGUAAUCAUUGUCGGAGAGCAUAUUCCACAUGAAGUGCUUAAGCUAUCUGUGUAUUUGUUGCUCUCAAGUAGUGUUGUAGAUCCAAUCAUCUAUGCGAUAAUGAGUCAGCAGUUUUAGAGGGGCCUUUAAAAAGGUAUGCAGUUGUGGUCGUUAUUGCAACGAUAAUGAUCUGAGAGUUGCAAGAGUUGCAGCUGUAAUUGUACAUCCGAGAAGCAAUGAAACUUGAUGACUUUUGAAUUGUGGACGUCUUGUAUUCUGCAGCGCACACCUUUAUUGAUAUCUGUCGGGCUAUAUCAGCAACUAAACUACUCUCUACAUCUAGCUACAAGCUCGGCUUUUAUAGGUACGGUUGAGGAUCUAGAACUUUCCGUAACAUUACGGCAGAUUCUAUUUAUAUAUUGAUUCGGGGAUGACUCAGCAUGACCCUGCGUGUGAAUGAAUGGGGAUCACGAUCAAUAAUCUUUACUCCGUUUUAGCGCUCUGAGACGGCAGAGGUCUCUGUCUUGUUGAGUCGGAUAUCCUUGUCGUGUUCCUUGAUUCUAUUCUGCAUAGGUUUGCCAGCGGUUUCGCCGAUGUAAAUCUUUCCGCACUCACAGGGAAUCCUGUACACUACGCUAUCCUGUUAAGCCGGGUCAUCGGCAUCGAAGCGUAGUGCUGGCGGUUGGUGUCGGUUUUUUUUUCUUUUUCCAUCAAGAUUAUACCAGCAGACGCACCAGUGUAGUCUUAGACACAGACACUAACCAGACCAAAAUGACCUUCCUGAUUGAAAAUAGACCGUAUCAGCAUUUAAACAAAGUUCCGAGGAAGCUUCAUGAGGGACUGUUAACUUUAAACCGAAGCAGACAUGUGUCAAAGAACGUCUAUUAUAAGAUCAGACCACGAUACAAACAGCCGCCUAGAAUCUUCGGUUUACCAAAGCUUCAUAAAACCUUUAAAACCGAUUGUGUCAUACGUGAACAACUUCGUCUAUGAUUUGUCGGCGUAUCUAGAUAACAGCGUAUCUCCACGAACAGGAAACUCAGCCCACUCGACCAAUCAGAAGCAAAAGUGAAAACAGUUAGGAGGUUGUCGCUCUCGUUUUUCCUGCGCCGAUUUUGGACAGUUUCGUCGGUAUUACUUUGAGUUCUCAUUGUUUUUUAAAGGUAUUUCUCUAUUUUCUAAUUGGCUGUUGGGGUUACUCUAGGUUUGGGUUGUACGACACUCAAUCGAACAGCAUUCUAUUCAGCCAUGCGGACUUCACUAAAUUGACAAUUGUAACAAUAGAAGAGACAUUAUUUAGCAUAUUAUUGAUAUUUGAGUCAAGCUUGAAAUUACUUAUUUUUACAUGGACAGAAAAGAAAAUAGGCUGUCAGCCAGAGGAAAAAAAAUUAACAAAGCUUACUCAUAUGUAAAACAGAGUUUCAGUUCGUUGUUGCCAAUGGCACUAAAAAACUAAUAGCCCAUUCGCAGCAGACAUGAAAUUGUUUUUGUCAUAUUUCUUAAGUAAACUGCAAUUGUAAUAUUCAUAAGCCCUCCACGCCUGAAAAAGAGGUCAACCGAAAAGAAAACACAGUGAGAGAGAUUGCCAAAAGGCGACAGAUUCGAUAGUCUAUAUGCAUGCUCAGAUACCGAUCUUGGCAAAGUUCUAGUCCAUUACGUAAUGUUUUGCGACAAAGAAAAUAGGCAUCUUUCGACUAAGAUUUACCGCGUUUACUUCGGUAUUAAUUUCUUAAGAUUUGCUUGACUGUUAAACAAUUUUUUGCCCUUUAUAGUGCUUGUUGAAAAAAAUUCAUAGGACCGAAUUUGAGAUAGAGGAAGGAAACACAAAAUUGCAAAUAGCGAGGAAACUGCCUUCAUAACCCUAUUUUUUCGGCAUUUAAAUGAUCUGCAGGACGAUUUUCACAAAUUUGUGAAAAUUUUGAGAGAUUUCAUCGAAGCAAAUUAAAGAAAACCAAAGGAAAAGCCAAAUUAUGGCUGGCGAGCGCCUCCCUUCGUGGAACCUCAACUAAAUAGCGAAAAUCAUUUUGACAAUAUUUACUACAGCAAACGAUAGUCUCAACCUUGCUCAUCGUCCUUUUGAUGGCUUUUAGUGAACUUAAAAAGCGAAAAAAAAAAAUUUCAAGAAUACGAACAAGAGAUCUGGAGAGCGCAAAAAAACUAUUAGUCUCUUACUGUUCGUCUCUUUUUCGAGUAAGAGUAAAUUUUUACAAUGGGUUUCACUAAUUGUAAGAAAUCGAUGUUUCUGCAUGCCUUUUACCACCUUUCAGCUGUUAGUAGAGAAGAGGUUAAAAGGGUUUUUUUACUUACCGUGAAUAGAAAAGUUGCUUUUCCCUUUUGCUUUUGUUUUUAACUAAAACUUUACUCUUCAGACGACAGAAUAACCGGAAGUGUUUAUGAAACAAAAAGAACCUAAAUUAGAGUAAUGGCUCUCUUGUGUCUGUAAGUUUUGAAUUUAAUAAAGCCGUAUUUAAGUCAACUUUCAUACUGGAAUCUUAGCAAUCAUUCCCUUUUGCUGAAGUAGCUAAGGAAAAGCUAAUAGACGAUUUUAAUUUUACAAUAAAUAGGUAAAAAUGGUUCAGUUAACAGGUUAAGUAAAUGUGUUUCGAAUGUAAUGGCUGAAUUCGAUAAAGCCGUAUUGAAGUCGACCUUCAUACAGGAACCUUAGCUGUCAUUCUCCUUUGCUGAAGUUGCUCAGACUAAGGAAUAACUAGUAAAUGAUUACGACAAAAAUUGACUUGACAAUGAUUGAGAAGUAAUGACCCUCUUGUGGUGAUGUAUUUCGAAUUCAAUAAAGCCGUAUUUUAAUCAAUUUUCAGGCCUAAAUAUCAGCAAACACUUCUUUCGCUUAAGUAGCUCAGACUAAGAAAAACUAACUAAUGAUGAUAAAAGCAAAGAACGAAUUUCGACAACAGACUAGUAAUAAUGGCUCUCAAAACAGAUUGACACAAGGGGCUCUUGCGUCAAUAUGUUUUGAAUUCAAUAAAGCCGUAUCCAAAUCGACUUUCAAACGAAAAUCUUACAAGCAUCCCAUACGCUGCAAUAGCCUCAUGAUUACAGAGUCAGUCAAUGUGGAGCCAGUAGAAUUUGAAAAAGUUCUCAACCAGGUUUUUCUCUAAGGUUCAAAGAUUUUCUGACAUUCCUGCCUCACUGAAUUUAAAAGAACGUGAGUAUUCUUUUAGAUAAGAACGAAUUUUAAAAAAAUUGCCUCAAAGAUUUGUUGACAACGAAGAUACAAAACCCAUCAAAUUCACCAAUCCUGAGAUUUAGUGGGGCUCCAUUUAGAGAAGUCUCCUUUCAUAAAAAGGGAAAAAAACAGCAACAGAAAUAAGAAUACAUUCUUGACGGUUUUUCCCUUGUCGGGAAGACUGGGUCUCAACUACUCGGCGCUCAAAUCAAGAAGAUUUAGAAAAUAAGAAGAAAUUAUCAAAUGUUUCUAGGAGAGGUAUCAGGUGUUCUUUUUUCUCCCCUCAAUAGAAAGUCGUUUAAUGGGGUACAUGGAUUUUUAUUUCAGUCUAGAAUCCUCCAAUCAGUGCAUAUUAAAGCUGGAGUCACGACGAAGAUGUCUCAAACAACUUCACAAGAUCGUGUAACUCGCUCGAGAGCAGAAAUUUCGUUAGAGGUAACCUUCGCCAUUCUGGUUUGCCUCACUUCCGUAAUUGGUAAUGUGCUGGUUGUUUAUGUUGUAAAUAAAUACUCUGAGAUGCAAACCAUCACCAACAUUCUCAUUCACAAUCUUGCACUGACUGAUAUUAUCAUGGCGACCCUUAACAUGCCGUUCUGGAUAACGAGCGUGUGCUUGGGAAAAUGGAAUUUGAGCCAGGAAUGGUGUAAAGUCUCCGCAUCAGCACAACUUACUAUGGUUUUGUCCUCCUUGUUCAUAAUGGGCUUAAUUGCCCUGAACAGAUACUUGAAAGUCGUCAAGCGAUCCUUGUAUAUCAAGUUCUUCCCUAGCAAAAGAGUUGCUUGGUUGUACUGUGGUCUCGUUUGGCUGGUUUCUGUGCUAUUCGCCACACCUCCUUUGUACGGAUGGGGAAAAAUGAAGUUCGACUCGGACUUUUUCGUUUGCACAUUCAACUGGAAGCAAGGACACGUUUCUUUUGUCAUAGUGCUUUUAGGGUUCUUCUACGUGACAAUGUUUGCAACAUUUUACACCUAUUGGAAAAUUUACCAAACGGUGAAAGAAAGCACAGAUAAUGUCCACGCCAAUGUCGUACAAAAUGGCGUCGGCGCACCGAAAUUCCAUCGUACUGACAUCCAUGUUUUGAAGAGUUCUCUGACAGUGGUUUGUUUCUUUUUAAUUACAUGGAUUCCUAAAGCCUUGUGUAGUUUUAUAAUAAUUGGUGGAGGCCACAUUCCACGUGAAGUGACUAAGGUAUCUGCGUAUUUGUUGUUCUCCAGUAGUGUUGUAAAUCCAAUCAUCUAUGGGAUAAUGAAUCCGCAGUUUAAAAAGGCCUUCAAAAAGGCAUUCAGUUGUGGUCGUUAUGGCAACGGUAAUGAAGAUCCGAGUCAUGCAAGAGUUGUAGCUGUAAUGAUACAUCCGAGGAGCAAUAAAACUUGA